ACCUGGCACAUGAAUCCACAGCUCGAUACUCAAAAAGUCAAAACGCUCUCUCUCGCGCCGCUGCUUCGGUCUCAGCGUAGCCAUUGAUUCAUCACCACAACAUUUUGUUUUUGUUUAACAGAAUUGAACUUGUUCUCUCUGUAUCUGAGGAUUGAAAGAGGAGCUCAAAAAAAUCAAGCAAUAUGUCAGGAAGGAAAGAAACAGUUUUGGAUCUGGCGAAGUUCGUGGACAAGGGUGUUCAAGUUAAGCUUACUGGUGGAAGACAAGUAACAGGGACGCUAAAAGGUUAUGAUCAGUUGCUAAACCUUGUCUUGGAUGAAGCUGUAGAGUUUUUAAGAGAUCCAGAUGAUCCACAGAAGACUACAGAUCAAACCAGGCGCCUUGGCCUAAUAGUUUGUAGGGGAACUGCAGUAAUGCUGGUGUCACCAACUGAUGGCACAGAUGAGAUUGCUAACCCUUUUAUCCAGCCAGAUGGGGCCUAGACUUUAUCAUCUUCAUUUUUAUGUUUUAAAGAAUAGCUGGAUUCACAUCACUAUGCCUUUUGCUCUUUUAUUUUCCUUUUAAUUUUCCACAAGACACCCUAUUCCGAAGGGGGAGAUUAUGGAGAGUAUGAAUUUAGUCUUAUUUUGUACCCAAGUUAUGUCAUCUAUGAUAUGAAAUGGUAAAAUUGCCUUUUGAUGUUA